UUUGAACAGUAGUUUUGCUGAGCGCGUAUUACGGAGACGUUUCGUUUAUGAUCUGGCAAUAAAGAUGGAUCGGAAGGCAGCAAAUUUUGUUCACUCACAAGCCGUUUCUAGAGACUACAUAUCACAGCCUCGUAUAACCUACAAAACCGUCUCAGGAGUAAAUGGACCUCUCGUCAUACUUGAUGAUGUAAAGUUUCCUAAAUUUGAUGAGAUUGUGAGACUAACUCUUGCUGAUGGCAGUCAGCGAACAGGACAAGUUUUGGAAGUUUGCGGCAAAAGGGCCAUAGUCCAGGUAUUCGAGGGUACUAGCGGUAUUGAUGCAAAAAACACUGUAUGUGAAUUUACAGGAGAUAUCCUUCGUACACCUGUGUCAGAAGAUAUGUUAGGUCGUAUAUUCAAUGGUUCUGGAAAACCGAAAGACAAAGGUCCAGCAAUCCUUGCAGAAGAUUACCUCGACAUUCAGGGUCAACCAAUAAACCCUUGGUCACGCAUUUAUCCAGAAGAAAUGAUCCAAACUGGCAUAUCAAGUAUCGAUGUGAUGAACUCGAUUGCACGUGGCCAAAAAAUCCCCAUAUUUUCAGCUUCUGGUCUACCGCACGAUGAAAUUGCUGCCCAAAUAUGUCGUCAAGCUGGUCUAGUCAAGUUACCCGGAAAAAGCGUUAUAGAUAGUGAUGUAGACAAUUUCGCGAUUGUAUUCGCAGCAAUGGGUGUUAAUAUGGAGACUGCUCGGUUUUUCAUGCAAGAUUUUAAGGAAAAUGGUUCAAUGGAGAAUGUGUGUCUGUUUCUAAAUUUGGCGAAUGAUCCAACUAUCGAGCGCAUUAUAACACCUCGAAUCGCUCUUACAACAGCCGAAUAUUUGGCUUAUCAAUGUGAAAAGCAUGUGUUGGUUAUCCUUACCGAUAUGAGUUCAUAUGCAGAAGCAUUGCGUGAGGUAUCGGCAGCUCGUGAAGAAGUACCAGGACGUCGUGGUUUUCCGGGUUAUAUGUACACUGAUUUGGCUUCAAUUUACGAGCGAGCUGGUCGGGUUGAAGGUCGCUCAGGGUCAAUCACACAGAUUCCAAUUUUAACUAUGCCUAAUGAUGAUAUUACUCAUCCUAUUCCUGACUUAACAGGUUAUAUUACAGAGGGUCAAAUUUAUGUUGAUCGUCAAUUACAUAACAGACAGGUUAGUGGAAAGCUGGAGUAUUUCACUUACUGGGUUGUUAGUUAGUUUAUUCUUUUACAUGAAUUACUCUUUUUGAGUUUAAUGAGUACAUACUUCAGUAUAGUUAGUUUAUCCAAGUUUUAAUGUCACCAAUGUGGCCAGAUAUUGAAACUGGAACACUCGUUUAAUCCUAGUUACGAGCCAUUUGAUUUACAUUUUGGCAUUUGGGGUGUUAGGUACUAGGUUCAAAUCAAAAUUUAAACAUCACUGCCGUGAUACUGGUAGAUUCACUUGACAACUACCUAGUAGAAUGAGACAUGCAUCGUGGAUUCUACUACUAGCCACAAUCUAACCAUGCUCAGUUAUGCCAACCCAUGUUAUGACUUUAAUCAUGUCAGUGCGAAAAUUUAAGGAUUAUUUACGUUAUAAGCGUCAAAUCAUAUUAAAAUUCAACACACUAGUCAAUCAAUCUGAAAUGUAAUAAUAGUGUUUGGUUUUGUUGUUAUGCAGUGUGAUUGCGAUUCUUAUAACCAAAUCUAUUUUUUCUUAAGAACGAUGAUACACAUUCACUUUGCUACAUAGACCCAUUUUUAUUUUAUAACCUUAAAAACUCAAUUUAUUCACAUCAAGUUUAUUAGAAAUGUUUCAUGCAAAAUUAAUAUUGUACUAUUUAAGUUUUCAAAACAUUAAUUAUUUAUUAAUAAUAAGAAUUAAUUAAAUUCCAUGCGUUACAUUACCUAGUAGUAAUACAUCAUUAAUAGUCUAUUUUUACAAAUAACUGAACUUUUGAUGAAUAUAUUGGAUCCUAACUGAAUUAUUUCUUAUGGUCCCCGAAUGCCCUGGUAUGGCCGAGAGUGGGGAGAGUACUCCCUCUCGAAACGCUUUCAUAGAACCACGUGUUUAUAACCUCUUCCAAGGAAGUCCUGCUCACUGCCUUCUCUCGGGGUGUUGCUAACGAAAUUGGGAGAGCGAGAAGCGAAUACCUGGCGCUUAAACUGCAUUGUCGGGUACGAAGUGUUCACCCUGAUUCAAAACCAAUGGCGUGCAAAUCCAUUCUUGGUCACUGGAUGCUAUAAGACUACAUCUAACGUUGCUUCACCGCCUCGUGGACUAGGUCUGUAAGUCAAAGGUCCGGGGGGCGACCCCUUAAAAAAACCAGUUCGGAAAUCCGGGUAAUAUCCCAGCCUACACAAAAAUUUAGUGAUUUGUGUGGCGCAUAUAUAUCUUGGUGUCUCUUUAGUAGCAAUGUUUGUGUUUUUGAAUGAAUGGAUAAUUUUUUCCGACACUAAGUUACUCAUUAUUUGACUAUUACCAUGUUUUUUUUUGACGGGAAUAUUUCUAUCAUCUGUAUGGAAUGAAAAAUCACAUAGAUCUAUCCUCCAAUCAAUGUGUUACCGUCGUUGUCACGUCUGAUGAAAUCUGCCAUCGGUGUGAAUAUGACUCGUGAAGAUCAUUCUGAUGUGUCCAAUCAGUUGGUAAGUUUUUUGUUUACCUAAAUUUUUGGUUAGUGUGCUUACGGAGGUGAUUAUGAGCUGAGUCGGUUUCUCUAAUUUACUGUGAAAAAUUCACAGUGUUGAAACAGUUACGACCAAUGUUGAUGAGGAGUUUAUGUGGUAGAGAAUAACGCUAUUUAGUCGAAUACUCAUCAAAGAAAUUCUAUAAAGGUAAAAUAUCACUUACAGAUAUUCUGGAAAACCAAAUCGAAGCUAUUGAUAGGUUUUUUUAUUCAUGGGUAAUACCGUAACAUGAUAUCUACUCUUUGUAUUCGAAAGGAUUGUUAGUAUUAUAUAGAGCGUUUUCGAUCAUAAUGGGGAUCAUGAUUAAAUGAAUGGUAUCGUCCUAAAACAUCGGCUUGGUGAUGCAUCCCUAAACUCGUCUCAAAGUUUUGCAUUAAAAACUGACACUGGCACUAACUCUUGACAGAGCGAUGGUUCAUCUGUUACCAUCUUCCGUAACUGUAAAAAGUAACUAUACUUAUAAGAUAUUCAUUGACCCAUCGAGGUUCCUUUUAUCAAACCGCUCAGUGACUUGAGCUGUUCGUGAUUGAAGCCAGUAGCCGUCUUAUCGUAAUUCACUAUUUAGUCCUUUGAAAUACGGAAGACCUUCAAAAAACGUCUCAAAUCAUUGAAUUAUGUGUUCUGUUGAACGCCGUCCAAGGACUUAUGAUUUACAAACAUUUAUUUGGAUAUUGUUGUGAACUGAUCGUCUUUCCAAUUUUUCCUUCAAGCACUCGUCAGGGAUAUCCAACUUCAAGAGGCCUCAUUUUGCAACGUCAACAUAAAAUUGCUCACAUUGCAGGAUUGUCCCUACCUCCAUAUAACUUGCUUGUGAAGCUCUCAAUUGUCAACUGUGUCCUGACUUUCUCGAAAGAAUGUUUGCAACGUUGCUAGCUUUCACACAGCUUUUGAGUUACAUGGAUUUCUCGACUAUUUUAGAAACUUGAUUCUGAAGGAUAGAUGGGAACACAAGCUCUUCCUUUUGGGUACUGUAAGAAUUUGUAUAGGAGCUGUUGUUCAUUUCUAAUUAUUUAUUCUCUGUUGGGAACCACUCUUAUGGAUGCUAAACUUUCAGAAGCUAUACACAGUGUGAUUGGUCCACACAUAGUACGACUUUUAAUUCCAUAUAGUGAAUUUUUUUCAUGGGUGCUAAGUUUCACUACCAUUCAUUUAUCUUCAUAUUUCUAAUGUUUACGCAUUAAUAACUGAUCCUUCCAUUUUCUCUUCUUUAUUCUUUUUAUUAACAGUAUGCAUGUUACGCAAUAGGAAAGGAUGUCCAAGCAAUGAAAGCUGUUGUUGGUGAAGAAGCAUUAAGCCCAGAGGACUUACUUUAUUUAGAAUUCCUGACAAAGUUUGAGAAGAAUUUCAUUUCUCAAGGUGCUUAUGAAAACCGUAGUGUAUUUGACUCACUAGACGUCGGUUGGGAACUCUUGCGUAUAUUCCCAAAAGAAUUGUUGAAGCGAAUUCCGUCAAAAAUAUUGGAGAAGUACUAUCCUCGUUAAUUGGUUAGUUGAUUUACCCUGUUAUCCUCGAUUGUGAGUAUUCCUACCAUGGAAGUUGCGUUAUUUAUUGGUUGAAGUAAACUCGGAAUAACGUAUAUUAUCGUCAGCUUUUGCAUUCCUAUUUAUUUUCUUUCCUAGCAAUUAUCACUCAUAAUUUUUAUUGCCUAUAAUAUGUAUAAUGGUGGCAUUAUCCAUCCAUCAUCACAAAAUACUUACUCAUAAUUAUGAUUUGAUUUUGUUUAAAUGUUCAUUCCAUUUACGAAGUUUCCCACCAUAGUUUUCUAUUACACUGUAUUUUCUCUGUUCUGGAUAUUCAAACACUUCGCUUCUCAUUUUUCCUUUACACAUUUCUAGAUACAUUAAAUCUUUCUAUCGUUUGAAUUUUUAAAAUAAACUGGAAGCAUAAUAUAAACACUAGUAGUUGAGGUAUCAUUUAAAUAGGGCUAUGGGUUUCAUUUUUUUAUCUUUCAUUUGAUUUGAUUUUGUGCUCAUAACUUCUAAUUUCCGAUAUUGAACAAUUAUAAUGAUAAUAAUAGUAAUAAUAUAUGUUCUUCACCAGUAAUGUCACUUAAAACAUGCAUACAUAGUAGGACCGUAAACAAAGCAAAAAUGAUACUUGCUCCGAAUGAUGAGAAAUGUGCCUUGUAGUACACAAUUCUGUUUUCCAAAUAGUUGAUAAUUUACGGAUGUUUGAAUACUAGUGUACACUGACCACACACACAUACAUUGCUUUAAUUGCAUUGUGAAAGCUUUUUUUCACAGAAAGAGAGCGAACAAGUAUUUCGCAGUGAGAUAUGCAGUUUCGAAGACAGAAGCAUAUAAUCAGUUAUUGAAACUGUAAAAUUGGAAAUAAAACGUCAUUUCGACAAACAGACGAAGAGUUAAAGAGUGGAGGAAGCAAACCAGCCCACUGAAAAUAUUACUCUUUACAAGCGCUAGUAUAACUCAGACUGGACGAUACGUAGUGAGACAAAGUAACAGAUUGGAUAAAAUGGUACGUGCAUAGAUACAUAAAGCACACAUUAGAUACAAAAAGUAGAAUUACAAAGACUGAGUUAUGAGAUAUAUGUGAAGGUACUUUAAUUAUUAUUGGUAGUAAAAGCAUCAGUACCAGUAGUAACAUUUGUUGUCGUUGUAUGAAAUGAAUCACGACUGGGAAGCAAUGCAAUGAUAUUUGACUAACAGUUUUAACACGAAUAACGAUUCCUUGUUUGAAUUUUUAAAGUUUUCGUCACAACCUAACAUUAGAUGCUCAACAAAAAUGUAUUUCCAAACGAAAUCCGACUGAUUUGUUCGUAUACUUCAUUGCUACUCACUAUCUUUAAAGUUCCUUCUUUAUCUGUGUUCACAAGCCAAUUACUAACGUUGAAGUGUUGUGUGACAGACAUUCAGUCGAUCCAAGUUCCUAUUCGCUAAGUCGUACUAAAAGAGUCGUUCAUAAAUAGAAUUUACCGUGGACAACAUUCAAACCUUAGUCAUUCUCGCUGAGAUUUAAUUGUGUGAACGUAAGCACCAGAAAUGAUUAUGUCUCACUUACAUUAAAACUACCCAAUGUAUGUUAUGGCUUACUAUCCCAUGGAUUACAUUGAUUCAUUUAUCACUGAGAAACUUUUGUCUGUAUUUUUUCACAUAUUCGAUUUUCAUUCAAUAAUAUAACAUAGUCAACUUGAAUAAAUUAUCCUCUUGUAAAUACUUGCUUAUCGAUGUUGUGAGCAGAACGUUUCAUUUUAUGAUUGUGUAUCGAAUUGUAAUUAAAAGAAUAUGGAUUUCAUUUUUAUGUUGUGUGUAUGUUUUUGUUUUCGAAAUAGUUCAAUAAACGUGAAUUAGACCAUUUUAA